AUGGAGAUUAAGACAAUUUUCAUGUCAUUUUUCAUAAUUACCGCUUUGGUAUCAUUUGCAUAUCCAAGUUUGGGCCUAAAAGAUGUUGACGAAGAACCAUUGGUUAAUCCCGGUCGCGAGAUGGAUGCAGUGGAAGCGAUAUCGCCGGCUUCACAAGAGUACAAUCUUUAUAUGCUUGAAAACCUACACCCAGAAUAUACAACGAAUCUAGAAAAAUGCAUGGACAAGAUGGGAGAUGGUUUUAAGAAAUGUAAUGAAGAUGUUAUUAAAGAGAUUCUUACAAAGAAACCUGUUUCUAGAGCAUGUUGUGUGAAGGUAGUAAACGCUGGAAAACAAUGCUACAUGGAGAUUAGAAAAUUGAUGUUUCAAUUUUAUCAACUCAAACGCUUUGUUUCUAAAGUUUCUUUAAGAACUGAUGCUGUCUGGGAUAGAUGCUUUGCUGAAGCUGUAAGUCCUCCAUCAUCUCACAAUGAGAAGAUCAAAUAUCUUGAUUAA